GGUGAGUUUCGGGAGGGACCAGGAAGCCGGGUACCUGCCGCUGCUCUGUUAGCCUGAUCCUGAGCUGUGUUCCGCUCAGUCCGGACUUCAUUCCGCCUCCUCACCUCUUCGUGGACCUUUAAACAAACCAAGGCUGAAACAUGGCUCAGAAGAUCAAGGCAGGCUCCGUGGUGGAGAUGCAGGGAGACGAGAUGACUCGAGUCAUCUGGGAGCUCAUCAAGGAGAAACUCAUCUUCCCCUACCUGGAGAUGGACCUGCACAGCUAUGACCUGGGUAUGGAGAGCCGCGAUGCGACAGACGACCGGAUCACGGUGGAGGCGGCGGAGGCGGUCCAGCGUUACAGCGUGGGCAUCAAAUGUGCCACCAUCACGCCAGAUGAGAACCGCGUGGAGGAGUUCAAGCUGAAGCAGAUGUGGCGCUCUCCAAACGGCACCAUCCGGAACAUCCUGGGAGGAACCGUGUUCAGGGAGCCCAUCCUCUGCAAGAACAUCCCCCGCCUGGUGCCCGGCUGGACCAAGCCCAUCGUCAUCGGGAGACACGCACACGGAGACCAGUACAAAGCCACAGACUUCGUGGUGCCCGGUCCUGGGAAAGUGGAGAUGACCUACACCCCCAAAGAUGGAGAGCCAGUGAAAUACGUCAUCCAUGAGUUUGAGGGCACAGGGGGUGUAGCGAUGGGGAUGUACAACACGGAUAAAUCCAUCCGGGACUUCGCCCACAGCUCCUUCCAGAUGGCUCUGUUGAAAGGCUGGGCGGUGUACCUCAGCACCAAGAACACCAUCCUCAAGAAGUACGACGGGCGCUUCAAGGACAUCUUCCAGGAGAUCUACGAGAAGGAGUACCACGCUCAGUUUGUGGAGAAAGGCAUCUGGUACGAGCACCGCCUGAUCGACGACAUGGUGGCUCAGGCCAUGAAGUCAGACGGAGGCUUCAUCUGGGCCUGCAAGAACUACGACGGAGACGUGCAGUCCGACUCUGUGGCUCAGGGCUACGGCUCCCUGGGGAUGAUGACCAGCGUUCUGAUCUGUCCUGACGGACGCACCGUGGAGUCUGAGGCGGCGCACGGCACCGUCACCCGUCACUACAGACAGCACCAGCAGGGGAAGGAGACCUCCACCAACCCCAUCGCCUCCAUCUUUGCGUGGACGCAGGGCCUUUUGCACCGGGCGAAGCUGGACAAAAACUCAGAGCUGAGAGUUUUCUCCGAGGCGCUGGAGUCCGUCUGUGUGGAGACCAUCGAGGCCGGGUUCAUGACCAAAGAUCUGGCCAUCUGCGUCAAGGGACUCGCAAAUGUGACUCGUGCCGACUACUUGAACACCUUUGAGUUCCUGGACAAGCUGGCAGAGAACCUGAAGAUCAAGCUGGCUAACCCCCCUAAACUGUGAUCUCCCUACACACCCCCCCCCCCCACACACACACACACACACAUUCAAACACAGGAGUUAACACUGAAGACGAAGGAGUUUGCCCUGAGAGAUCUUCAGACUUAAGACGGGAACCUUGGGUCUAAUGGAUGAAUGUUUCUGGUCCAGAAGGAAGAGGAGUUUACUGUAGGCUUUCAUCCCUGUUAACGCAUCGCUAGUAGACAGUAAACAUUAGGACUGACACCGGGUGAAGGACCCUGUGUCUUUACCCAGAAUGCACUAGGUCCCCCUGUGAGUGUGUUGUCAAUAUUUUCUUGGUGACAGAAUGUGUGCGAGGGAGCCUCUCCACCCUCACUGCCUUACUCGUUUAGUGUCAAAUUCAUCGGUUCAUUCUCAUUUGUCAUGCUGUGUUUUAACGGUACAUCGAGCAACACUUUCGGCCUGUUUCCUCUCAUGAAAACGGACGUGCACACCAUGACGUUUUACUGUUCUGCAGCGCAACAUACGGACAACAACUCUUCUCACACAGCCUGCUAACAGACGCAUUGCUUUUAGUUUUUAUACUGCUAUUAAACUUCACUAGUCAGUUGUUGGAGGUGUAUUUAUUUUUUCCUUCCUGUGUGUGUGCGUCCAUACAGUAUGUCAAUAACCUGCCAAAUAAAUCAUCAUGUUAAAGUCAGAAUAUAACUCUUAAUAAAUGAGUUUUUGAAGAAAUAA